CUCGCCCUCUACAGUCCGGGUGGAAACAUGUCCACGGGGGCCGGGUGCCCGGCCCGAGGCUUCUUUGCCUGCGCCUGCUUCCACACGGACAACCUGUUCCUGCGGCGCUACGGCCUGCACGUCAGCUACCGGGACGAGCCGCAGCUCCGCAGGGACUAUGGGCUGGUGUUAGGUGAUCAUGGCUGCAGGAGUGAUGAAGACUUUAACGCAGUUCUGGAAGAGAUUCAGAAAGAAGUGCAAAGAAGAAAGCAAUUAGAUCAUCAGUCCAUGGCAAGAAAAGCCAUAAUUUCACAAUGUUACAAACCAAAGCAUCCAGAAGUAUAUGUUCUACAGGAUUCAUUUCUGGCUCCUGAGUUUUUAGAGACAGUUAAGUACUGCACGUCACAAGAUGCUGAUCUCCAAGGUCUCUUGCGCCGCAUUGAUUCUAUAUCAGAUAAGAGGAUAUAUCGACUUCCAGUGUUCACUGAGGAAUUCUGCCGAGUCUUCAUUGAAGAGAUGGAGAACUUUGAGCAAUCUGAGAUGCCCAAAGGCCGGCCAAACACUAUGAAUAACUAUGGGGUUCUGUUAAAUGAGCUUGGAUUGUAUGAAGCUUUCAUUACACCUCUGCGUGAAAAAUACCUGCAGCCCAUAACAUGCCUGCUUUACCCUGACUGUGGGGGAGGCUUCUUGGACAGCCACAAAGCAUUUAUCGUCAAGUACUCGCUACAUGAAGAUCUGGAUUUGAGCUCUCACUAUGACAAUGCAGAAGUCACAUUAAAUGUAUCCCUAGGAAAAGAAUUUACUGAGGGCAACUUAUAUUUUGGAGACCUCAGACAGGCCCCAACCCCAGUGCCAAAGUAUGUGGAGAUUGAACAUGUGGUAUCCCAAGGCUUGCUACACCGCGGAGGGCAGAUUCACGGGGCCCUGCCUGUCGCCUCCGGGGAGCGCUGGAACCUCAUUGUAUGGAUGAGAUCAUCUGCUGUCCGCAAUCAGCUUUGCCCCAUGUGCAACAAGAAACCUGAAUUAGUGGAUGCUGAGGGAUUUGGAGAUGGGUUCACAAGACGUCCUGAAGGUGACAUGCCCAAGACUGUGGAUUUAUGCUCUUUAAUAUAGGAGAUGGUAAGGAGUGAAUUCUCCAGUCUGAGCUGGCUAAAACUGAGCUCCAAGCCCCAAGAUAGCAGAAACAAGCACAGUAUCCCUUUGGCAGAAACAUGUCAGGUCAACAAAUAGCUUCUUAGAAGGCAACUCAAAAACUUCUCUUGAGGGAGGGAAAACAGCUUUUUGAGCAGCAGCUGCCAUCUGGGGUCUACUGGAGGAGUUGGUGUCUGGGGUAGACAAUGCCUGCACUGUGGGAAUUUUUUAUAAGCAUAUUCUGAAAAUGUAAAAAGGCUUAAGGUAUUGAUCUAUACCGUGAACUGCAGAGGUCAUCUGAGUACAAUCACACAUAGAAAACAGGCAGAAAGACUGCUUAGAUCUUAUACAAAGACAGCUGCUCUGACAGCCACGGUUACUGGUUGAUGUGUAAAAAAAGAAUUAUACAAUAUGCUACCAUGUCAGUCAGCGUCCAUUCACAAUUACCACUACCCUCUUCCGGAUGGAAUAUCAAACUUCACUAGGGUAAGAGCCUGCUGCUUCCCAAUGGAUGGAAUGUGACAGUGUUGUCCCCUAGUGGCUAAAACAAGCAACUUUGUGAUCAAGUUGCUUCCAAUGGCUGCAUCUUACAGGACAAACAUAAACCUAUUACUCUACAAGUGAGUGUAGUGAGUCACUUACUGCCUUUAUAACCCCAGACUCAAAGUGCUAAAAAUCACUUUUUAAAGAUAUUGUGGAUUCCACAUGAACAAGCAGAAAUCAGCUGUAAAGCCAAAGAUUUGGGGGGCUGUUUUCAGUUUAUGACAACAUGUCUCUCUGGUGUAAGGAGAGAGCAUGCAGAAGUAGUCUAAACAUUUGUAAUCACCUUCCAUUAGGUAUGAGAAUAUCCUUCCAAGGUGGGCAUACAGAAUAAACUGUCCCCGAGGGGAGAGUGGACAUUCUAGUCCUUACAUGACCAAUGCAAUCUUUUGAAUUCUUGAAUUUGGCCCGAAUAUCCCACUAUGAUGAGUGCAUUAGAGAGAGUGAGAUUAGAUAGUCACACACACUGUCUGUCUCUGUGCCUGUUAGUCCAGGACAUUAAUUCAAAGCUCCAAGUCACAGACUCCAAAAAUCUAGAAAACUGAUAUUCAAGAAGCCAAAAUAUCCUUUUGAUUUUGUUGCCUCGUGUGACUCCCGAGAAAACUAGAUGUCUAUUAGCUAUCCAUACCACCGAUUUUAUUGGGGGCUUCUUUAGGUCAUUCAUUUUAGCUCUGGUAAUUACUUGAUAUUAACUUUCUCAUUUGCGUCAUUAACAAUAUGAUGAAAGCCAGACUCUGAAUAUCACCACUGUAGUUUAUAAAGAAUGUUAAUUUUAAGCAUUCCCAGUAGAUCCUGGAGUGUUUUGGCCUUGACAUCUCAUUAGCAUAUGCUGCUGAUUAGUUUGCAUUUGAAAAACUCCUUCAAAUUGCAUUUUGAAAGAAAUGGCCAUUACACUUGUACACAAAACCCGAGAAUCAGCGCCAAAGGAUUUUGCUUCUGCUGUUUUCCAUAACAACAAAACCAAUCACGGAAUCUUAAUUUCUUCAUCAGGAAAUGUUCGUUUCAUAUUUGCAUUUAAAUUAUACCAAGAAAAUUAAGUUAAUGAAAGAAAAAUGUGCCUGUCAAUAUGGCUGCUGCUGUCUGCAUUCUAUUACCGUGAAUUCAGAUUGUAAAUGACUGACAAUAAAGAAAAGGCUC